GAUGGGAGAGGAUGGAAGUUGUAAUAUUUAUGUAGGCUCCUCCUCUCACAAUGAUGUCAAUCAGAGGCAGAGAGGUGGGCAGUACUAAGGGACCGGGUUCAUGCAAUACUACUGAGACAACUAGGCAUAGCUUAGCACACAGAUAGGCUCACAGCAUCACGCGUAUUUCAUCCCCGCUGUAAGUGAUGCCGCACUAAGGCACACUUUCAUCCAACUCCGUUGGGGACAGAACAGUACAUAGGCUACUGGCCAUUUGUGUGUAGUUUUUUGGCUUAAUGAUAACCCUAAAAAAGAAAAACAGUGUUGGCAGAACUGAUUAAACUGAAGUUUUCAGCCAUCGCACCAAAUUGUGCGGUUUUUGCGCGUUAUUGGAUCGAAGUUUAUGCGCUUGUUAAAUAUCUAUUAUACAUCCUCAAUGAAACAGUCUUCAGUGCAAGCGGUAUUCAUCAUAUGUAGAGAAGGAGACGUUUUAAAAUACACGUAGGCUAGGGCUAUUUCAUGUAGCCUAUACCAAGCGACUUGGACCAACAGCAUCUCCACUACCGCCUGUGAGAUUGAACCAGUUAGGCUAACCCAUCUGAAGAGGAAUAACAUCGGCUUUGAGUUAGCAAAGUUAUUCUGCAAUCAAUGCUUUUUGCCUUCCGCAUGUGGACCAUAGACUUUUUAGGACAUGGAUAAUUUUCUGUAGUGGAAUAAACCCUAUUGAUUGGUGUUUUAUUUGAUUUCCGUUGCCGAAGAGGAUCUUUUUUCGCCCCUUUUCUACUUCAGUCUAAUUAUGGCACUUCUUCUAAAGCAGUGAUGUCGCUACGUGACGGGAAUUGCGAUUGAUUUUCCAUUUUCUAUUUUUUAAGGAAUUUAAGUGUUGUGACAGAACGACAUCCUAACAAGAACAGAUCCCAUCUGCUCCGAUUAUGGACUUAGCACGUCAGGCCCAUGUGCUGGUGGUGUUGCUCACCUGCCUGGUCCUGCUGUCCUCGGCCCAAGAGAAGGACUACACGGUGAGGGAGGAGCAGCCUGAGAAUGUCCGAAUCGGCAACCUGCGGAGGGACUUGGACCUGAACCUUGACCCCGACGUCAAGCUGUCCUCGCCGCUGCAGUUCAAGCCUGUCUACAAAACGGGCGAUGUGCCUUUGGUUAGGGUGGAGGCCAGCACGGGGGAGAUCUUUACCACAGCUCACCGCAUCGACCGCGAGAAACUCUGCUCGGGAGUGUUCAACGAGAAGCGCUGCUUCUACGAGAUCGAGGUGGCUGUUCUGCCUGAUGAGAUCUUCCGCCUGGUCAAGAUCCGGUUCCUGAUCGAGGACAUCAACGACAAUGCUCCACUCUUCCAGUCGACGGUUAUAAACAUCUCCAUCCCAGAGAACACGGCUAUCAACACUAGAUACCCGGUGCCCUCUGCGUUUGACCCAGAUGUCGGGAUCAAUGGGAUCCAGCACUACGAACUUGUCAAGAGUGUGAGUGAAUUUGGUCUGGACAUCAUCGAGACCCCAGAGGGUGACAAAUGGCCUCAGCUGAUCGUCCAGCAAAGCCUGGACCGCGAGCAGAAGGACACGUUCGUCAUGAAGAUCAAAGUGGAAGAUGGAGGAACGCCCCCCAAGUCCAGCACUGCAAUCCUCCAGGUAACCAUCUCCGACGUGAACGACAAUCGUCCCGUCUUCAAGGACAGCGAGGUGGAGGUGAACGUUCCGGAAAAUGCCCCGACAGGGACUUCAGUCACCCAGCUCCACGCUACGGAUGCGGACCUCGGUUCCAACGCCCAGAUUCAUUUCUCCUUCUCUAACCAAGUCUCUUUGUCCACUAAGCGGCAUUUCUCCAUCGACAGCACCACCGGGUUGAUUACUGUCAAGCAGACCCUGGACCGCGAGGCAGCUCCAGUCCACAAACUAAUCGUCCUGGCUAGCGAUGGAGGCUCCACUUCCUCCAGAGCUACGGUUAUCGUCAACGUUACGGACAUUAAUGACAACGUUCCAUCCAUAGACACUCGGUACAUAAUUAACCUUGUUAACGGUACGGUUCUGCUCUCGGAGAACGCUCCUCUCAAAACCAAAAUAGCCCUAAUUACAGUGACAGACAAGGACUCAGAUCUGAACGGCAAAGUGACUUGUUACACUGACCACGACAUUCCUUUCAGGCUAAAGCCUGUCUUUAAUGACCAAUUUCUGCUGGAGACUGCGGCCCCUCUAGAUUAUGAAACAACCAGGGAAUAUGCAAUUAAGAUAGUGGCUUCAGAUUCAGGGAAGCCUCCAUUGAACACUUCUGCAAUGGUUUUAAUUAAAAUUAAGGACGAGAAUGACAAUGCUCCCAUCUUUCCCCAGCCUGAUAUUCAGCUGUCCAUACCAGAGAACAAUGAGCCGUCCUCCGAGCUGAUAAAGAUCAUUGCUACGGAUGCAGACAGUGGACAUAAUGCCGAGAUUCUUUAUUCUCUUGCCCCUGAUGCCCCUGAUUGCUUUAACAUAGAUAAACGGUCAGGAGUCCUUUCCGUUGCCAAGCGCUUGGAUAGAGAGAGGCAAGAGAAGUAUUCCUUCACUGUUCUCGCGAGGGACAAUGGUUCUACAUCGUUGCAAAGCAACAUCACAGUGAAGUUGAUAGUGCAGGAUCUCAAUGACAACAGCCCAGCUUUCACCCAUCCUGAGUAUAACUUCUAUGUGCCUGAGAACCUGCCUCUGUCCGGGACCGUGGGCCUGAUAACCGUCACGGACUCGGAUGCCGGUGACAACGCUGUCAUAACCCUGUCCAUCUUGAACGGCAAAGACAAUUUCGUUAUCGAUCCACAGACCGGCGUGAUCAAACCCAACAUUACAUUUGACAGAGAGCAGCAGAGCUCGUACACCUUCAUGGUGAAGGCCACGGACGGAGGGCAACCGCCCAGCACCUCGUAUGCCAAGGUCACCAUUAACGUUGUGGAUGUCAAUGACAAUCGGCCAGUUUUUGUCAUCCCCUCGUCCAACUACUCUUACGAUCUAGUCCAGUCCACCACCAGCCCUGGAGCUGUGGUCACGAGAGUGUUCGCCAUAGACAACGACACUGGCAUGAACGCAGAGCUGCAGUACAGCAUCAUCGGGGGCUCGCAAAGAGGCCUUUUUGCGAUAGACAAAACAACUGGCAACAUAACUCUUCAGGAGAAGAUUGUCUCUUCAGAUCAGGGUUUACACAGGCUGGUGGUUAAAGUCAAAGACCUGGGUCAGCCGGAGUCCUUACACGCAAUUGCGCUUAUUCAUCUGUUCGUUAAUGAGACCGUGUCCAAUGCCACGUUCAUUCAGGAGCAGCUACGCAAGAGCAUGGAGACUCCCUUGGACCGUAACGUGGGCGACAAUGAUGUCACACCGCAAGCCAACGGCUAUGUGAUUGUUGUCAUUGCUAUUAUAGCCGGGACUAUGACUGUCAUCUUAGUCAUCUUUGUGACGGCCCUGGUGCGCUGCCGACAGACUCCCAGGCACAAGGUGGUGCAAAAGGGCAAACAGAGUGGCGAGUGGGUGUCACCCAACCAGGAAAACCGUCAAAUCAAAAAGAAAAAGAAGAAAAAGAAGAGAUCCCCCAAGAGCCUCCUCUUGAACUUUGUCACCAUUGAAGAAUCCAAGCCUGAUGAUCCCACCCACGAGCACAUUAACGGGACCCUGGACCUCCCAGUGGAGCUAGAGGAGCAGACAAUGGGGAAAUACAACUGGGCCACUACGCCAACCACCUUCAAACCUGACAGUCCAGACUUAGCCAAGCAUUACAAGUCUGCCUCCCCUCAGCCAACCUUCCAAAUCAAACCAGAGACCCCGGUGGCGCCCAAGAAACACCACGUGAUUCAGGAGCUCCCUCUUGACAACACAUUUGUGGUGGGCUGUGACUCUCUCUCCAAGUGCUCCUCCACCAGCUCAGAUCCGUACUCAGUCUCAGAGUGCAGCUGUCAGGGGGGAUUCAAGACUCCUGGGCAAAUCCACACCCGACAGAAUCAGGGCCAGACACCGGAGAAAUCCUUCAGUUCAGUCCCACCAACGUGUUCCCAUAAGGAGGGCUGUCAUCUCAGCAAGAUAACCACUGCAAACACCCAGCGUCGUGUGACCUUCCACCUCCCAGACGGUUCUCAGGAGAGCUGUAGCGAUAGCGGCCUGGGGGACCAGGAGCCCAGCAGCAAUGCCAGCACCACUCAGCCUCUGCCCAUUGGCUUCCCCCAGGAGGAGUUCUAUGAGCAGACCUCCCCCAAUAGCCGCACAGAAGGAGACGGCAACUCUGACCCAGAGUCCACCAUGGUAGAGGUGAAUCUUGCCAAUGCCCUGGUGGACGCCUCGGAGACGUGCACCCAGGAAUGUCUGAUCCUAGGCCACUCCGACAGCUGCUGGAUGCCCCCAGCCCUGGUGACCCAGUUCCAGUCGCCGUCCGGCGCGGGGACCCUGCCUACCCUGCCCUCCUUCGGCUUCCAGCACCAGCAAGGCUCCCCCUGGGCCCGGGGAGCCAAGGCGGACGGGCGUCAGUGCCACACCCUGGGCAGGCCCGCGCCAAAAGACGAACUGGACAAAGGGAUGAACCGGCCGCAGUUCUACAACACUCUGGAGAGACACUGCAGUAGCAAGAGUAAGGAGUCAGACCCUAUCAAGGUCAUCCCUCUGGCCAGCUUUUCCUCGGCUUCGUCGGGCCAGCAGACCCCAGCCACCAGGGGUUCCUCUGCCUUCUUACAUGAGCAUCAGCUGUAAGGAGCUCUGAGGGGCCACCAACGACUACUUGGUCUAAUGUAUCUUUAUGGCGCUUUCCAUGACAUGUCUUAGUGGCAAGUUUCUGAUUUGUGUGUACAUGUGUGAACAUGGAUUGUGGAGAAAGGGACAAUGACAAAACUCAGUCUCCAGAAUGGUGCAAAGAAGAGGACCUGACAAUGGCUGUAAUUACAUAAUAUAAAAAAAUAUGGAAGUAUGUAUGGAUGACCAACUUAUUCGAAGGCCUAGCUAAAUAUUUGUUCACAUUCAAUCACUGUACAGUAUAUAAAUGGUAGUUCUAUACCAAGUUAGUUCCACAAUAAAAAAAUUUAAAUACAAAUAAAGUAAAACAUCUUAGCUUUCAGUUUGGUAUAUAUGUUGCUGAUGAUUAAACAUAAUGAUGUACACUAUGCAAAUUGGGACCAGCUUACUAGACCCUUCCUAAAGACAAUUAACUUACUGAUAAACAAAAUGCAAAUGCACAGUAUAUAGUGUUGAUCAAGCUGAAUGGGACUAAAUGUUAUUUGUGAAUCCAAGAUGAAAGAUGUAUGUGUCCAAUCUGUGGUGAAAUAUUGCUUAGUGUAUCCAGUAAGACAUUCAGCUCCAGCUCCAGUGAACGAUCUAAAAUACGUUUGCCAUGUGCGAGAGGAUCAAAACCACAAUGUAUCAUGGGUGAGUUGUGACUGAAUGACCGACCUACAAAUAAUAAUUAGUAGUUUUUUUAUGACGCAGGUGAUUUGAUCCUCUCGACCACCGCCAUUCUCUUCUAUUGAUGUGUUCAUAUAAUCUUGUCUUGUUCAGGGGUCUGCAGACACGUACCUACCUUGAGCCUCAAUGAACUAUAAAGUUUCACUGUGUGUUGUGCUAACAUUUUAUAUAGAUAUACAGUAUGCACAGUAUGCAUAUCCCCACAAGAUGGCCGACACAACGUUCUUCCUUGUUUGUUUGGCAACUUGCUAUAAUGUAAGUCUUUGAGAUCUCCUUCUCUGACCUCUAUUCAACUUAUUUUCAACAAUGCAUUUCCCUUUUUAUUAGAACCUACAUAUGUUCAACAUUUUCUUCCCCAUCUAAUAGCAAUCUAGUCUUUUUCAGAAAGCCUAGCAGUUAGAGCGUUGUACCUGUAACCGAAAGGUCGUAGGUGCGGAUACCUGAACGGAAAAGGCGAUGGAAAAUAAUCUGUGAUGGUGCCCUUGAGCAAGGCACUUAACCCUAAUUGCUCUUGUAAGUUGCUCGGGAUGAGAGUGUCUGCUAAAUGACUCAAAUGUAAAUCUCAUUAGUGCGAGCCUCCCAGACAGCAGCGCCAUGCAAAGAGCUAGAGACUUUGUUUUCCUUUUUCUCUCUGUAAUACUUUCUCUUCAGUCCUAGAAUAUAACAUGCAUACAUCAUAAUGAGUCCUAUGGAGCCAAUUAAGAAUAUAUCCCAAUAGUCUAAUUACUUUGAUCUGUAAUAUUCAUAGCAAGUAAUAGUUGUGGUUGACGGCACAGUAACAGUUCUCCAGGCUCACCGAAACAAACUGUGGCUCCUAGAAGUCAGGCAAUGAAAAGGUGACGACAUAUAUAUAUAUAUAUAUAUAUAUAUAUAUAUAUAUAUAUAUAUAUAGUCUGGCUGCAAAUAGCUUGUUAUCGUUUGUGCCCCUAUCUCAUCACAUUAGUCUCCGGUCUAACAAGAGUUUCUGUAUCCAUAACCAAGCAGCCUGGAAUAGAGGUUGCAUUUUCCUCACUAACGAAUUGUACAAGGUGUCUCUCUGGUUAAAUAAAAUUUAAAUGAAAUCUUAAAUUCCUUGGAUUUAACCAAAUGUCCUGUAAUUUCAAAGGUGUUCAUUAUUGGUAUCCAUUGAUUCUAAUCCAGCUGACAUUGCUUAGAAAUCAUCAGCUACUACAUUUUUAUAUGUUUGCAACUUUGUCCUCUAUUGGCAUGUGAAAGAAACAGGACAUGUUUAAGGCACCAUUUUCCCUGGAGGGCUGGACAGUCAAAUGUCUCUUGAAUGAGACAGUACCAGCUUACAGAUGACACUUUGGACCAGGUAUCCAUCAGUGUAGAAGUGCAUUAGAGAAGCCGUCAUUGGUGAAAUUACAUGAGCCAUAAGAGUGUUAUGUUGAGAGGUCAGGGUUGAGGUCAGUGUCCAUUUCAACUCACCUUGAGUCAAUUAAGGAAAUUAGUUGAAUUUGGAUUCAUUAAUUAAAUAAAUCAUUUUAACUGAAUAUUGGUUUAGCUUGCCCUAAUGCAUUGUAAUAUGGAUUUACAUAUAGUAUAUGAAAGGAGAGAUUGUAGGGUUUCAGAAAUACAGUAACUCUUGGCAACAGAUUACAACAAAGAAAUGAAAACACUAUUGCUCUUUAUUUGGAAUAAUAUGUUUUUUUACUGAAAUCAUACCGAAGACCUUUCUGUACCCAAUUAAAAUAAUACAUUCUCUAAUAACAUAUCAAACUUCUGUAUUAGACAGUAGGAAUGUUUCAGUCAAAAUAUAUCAUCAUUGGCUGGAAGUGAGGAUACAAAGAUGGCUGUCCUUUCUAGUGUUCUAUUCCAACUGCAUAAAGAUUAAUGUUAUUGACCCUUGUUACAAUGUGCAAAUUAACCAAAUAUGUACAGUACCAGUCAAAAGUUUGGACACGGUUUCCAAACUUUUGACUGAUACUGUACGUGUAUACACAUUACAGACAUAUCUCCAUCUGUAUUUCACUGCUAUAGGAGAACACAUACAUAGAUACACAUACAUAAGAGUGCUCCUGUAUCCCAGUACUGAUUUAAUAAAACACGGACUACGGUAUUACCAUGUCAACACUACACUCUGGAUGAAUAAAACCUGAUCGUUAUCCUCAUCCUGUCUCCUAUUGAGAACACUCCAUUUAACCAGGACUCGAAGGGGUGCAGUGUGUAGGUAAUAGGGUGCUAUUUGGGAGUCAUUCUCUGUAUUUCAUUUCUUAAAAAACUCGACAAUUGCAUGAAUCUAGAAUAAUAUAUAGGAUACAGCUUUCCAUAUUCAAAUAACAAGUCAAUUUUUUGCCAUUUGAAACACCCCUUUUGUUCUCAUUCAUGACAUAGCGUUAUAGAUUUCAGCAUUCAAAUAUAAUCAUAAUGAAUACGUAUGUCUUUUAGAUUACUGUUUCAGUACAGAUUCACUUUGUGCCAAAAGUUUCACGUAUGAACCAAAAAAAAUUGACAGUGAGACAAACCUCCAGAGAAAUUCAAGGCUUAGUAGACGGUCAUGUGCAUGGAUAUUCUCCAAACACAUUUUUUUUCUACUUUUCUACAAUGAAGCUCCCAGUCAGUUGUUUCCAAAAUCCUGUAUUUCUCUUUAAAAUGUUUUGUAUUAACACAUUUCAAAUUGUGAUCCAGUAUCAUUUGCAUGUGGCCAUGUUUAACCCUUUUAUCACUCGCUUGCAAUCCUACAAGAUUUUUAACACAUGUCAGGUUGGUCUGUGUUGUCACAUCAACCAUGUGUUGGUUUAACUGUAUCUACUGUCUGAUAACAUGUGGCAAACAAACAUAACCAAUUUUCAUUUCAGACGUAUGAGUAUGAAUCAUGUACACACAAAGUUAAUAUCCUAUCAACUUUUAGAAGAAAAAAUAUAUAAAUAUAGUGUACAUAUGAGCAGUACCCCUGAGUGGAAACAACAAGGUGGCAACAAAUAUGACUGAUGUACAUUAUUGUUGAGUAAAGGCGUAAAGAUGCAGCCAGCAAUUUUUGGCCACUGGUUGUAAAAGUGGCACUGUUGGGCCGAAAAGUGUAAUGGCGUAUGUGCAGAAUUUGUGCCUCUUGUCAUCAAAACCACUCUCUUUCAAACUUAGAAUGUCAUGGCUAACUGAGGUAUGAUAGUGAUUCUACUAAUAGAUCAUGCACAUAAACAACGUAUUACACAUCCAGCCCAACAGUGAGAGGUUAAAUCGCAAAAGUCCCAGACUGCAUCUUUAAUGACCUGAAAAUCUGUCAUAAAAAACAAAGGAAAUGUAAAAUGAUGAGACGACAAUCUCUGUUGUAAUGUAAAUGGAUACACACACAUAUAUUGGUGAGUGUGUGUGUGUGUGUGUGUGCAGGUAUGCCUGUGUGUGUGUCUGUGCAGCGGGCGUGUACGUGCGCGCAUUUUUGUGUGUGCAUGUAUGUAUACUGGCAUGCACCUUGCCAGAAUAUUUUAUGUACACACAUGUAUCUUGUAUAAAAUCUAUAUAUGAAAUACCUGCUAUAUAAUAUACAGUAUAUGCUUGUAAAUUAGUUAUUGGUGGGUGUAGGUUCAAGGUUGCUUCGAAAGAAAGCUUAAAUGCUUGCCAGCAGUGCAGUAUUGAUCAAUUAAACUAUGUGUUGUCAUGUCAUCAAAAUCUAUGAAAAAAAUGACCUUCCAUAUAUGGUGAAAUGAUUUUUCUUGUCAUGGAAUUUUACUUGAACCAUUAAAUAUUGAGUCUUCAAAGUA